AUGGCCGAUUCCACGAAAGAUACUUCUUCUGUCCCCAAGGACCCCGCGCUGACCCCAACCCCGAGCACCACCGUUGCCGAUUCCUCGAGCUCGCAGGCCGCUGCUGCUCCCAGUCCCGACGGCGCAGCAGAUGCCCCCUCCAAGAAAGGUGCCAAAAAAGCCGAAGCCAAAGCCAAGAAGGAAGCGGAGAAGCUGCGCAAGCAGCAGGAGCGCGAGGCCCUCGCUGCGGCGUCGGCGGCCUCUUCUUCCUCUGAAGAUCUAGCCAAGGACAACUACGGCCAGCUGACGCACGCGACGCCGCGGAUUGCUGCCGGACAGGUACAUCUGCGCGAUCUGGGGGAGGGUGAUGUGGGGAGGACGGUCAAGGUCCGGGCGUGGAUCCAGAAUGCAAGGAUGCAGGGUGCGAAGAUGGCGUUUGUGGAGUUGAGGGAGGAGGGCGGAUGGACUGUCCAGGGGGUUGUCGCUGUUGGGAGUGCUGCUGGGGCUGGUGAUCAGGAGGGGAAGGGGAAGGGAGAGGGGGAGGUGAGCAAGCAGAUGGUCAAGUGGAUUGAGGGGCUCAAGCUCGAGAGCUUUGUGUCUGUAGAGGCCAGUGUGAAGAAGCCCUUGGAGCCGGUCAAGAGCUGUCGCGUCAGUGGGCUUGAGCUGCAUCUGAGUAAGGUGUUCUUGGUUGCGGCGGCGCCGGAGAUGCUGGGGCUGGGAUUGGGCCCGGCGAGUAGAGCUGUCGGCAGUUUGGCGGAGGAGGAGAGUCUGGAGGAGAAAGCGCAAGCUUUGGCCGUUACAGAAGGCACACCCAUCGCCUCUCUCGCGACGCAUCUCAACAAUCCAGCUAUGCACAAGCGCGCGCCUGUCAGCCAAGCUAUCGCCGAUAUCCGCAUUGCUGUUGAGGAUCUGUUCUGCGAUUAUCUGCGCUCGCAGCGCUUCAAGAAGUUCCAUCCCCCUAGCUUGAUCGGUGCUGCGUCCGAAGGCGGAGCCAACGUCUUCAGGUUGCCGUACUUUGGAGAGGAGGCAUACCUUGCUCAGUCACCACAAUUCUACAAGCAGUUCGAGAUUGCGGGUGGUAGGAAGCGCGUUUACUGCGUUGGUCCGGUCUUCAGAGCCGAGAACUCCAACACGCCUCGACACAUGACUGAGUUUAUCGGCCUCGAUCUGGAGAUGGAAAUCGAAGAGCACUACCACGAAGUCCUCCACAUGCUCGAAGCCGUGCUCCUUCACAUCUUCAAGGGCCUGACCGAGCACCACCGCGAGGAGAUCGAACUCAUCCGCUCCGUCUACCCGUCCGACGAGUUCCUGCUCCCGGAACCCGGCAAGGAGGUACGGCUGACGUUCGCUGAAGGCCAGGCCCUGCUCCGUGCCGAAGGUCCCCCCGAGUUCGCCCACGUCUCGGACGACGAAGACAUGUCGACGGCGCAGGAGAAGGCCCUCGGCGCGCUGGUGCGCCAGAAGUUCCACACGGACUUCUACGUCCUGGACAAGUUCCCCGUCGGUGCGCGCCCCUUCUAUGCCAUGCCGGACCCGGAGGACCCGCGCGUGACGAACGCCUACGACUUUAUGAUGCGCGGCCAGGAGAUCCUGUCGGGCGGGCAGCGGCUGCACCUGCCGGCCGAGCUGGAGGCCACGAUCCGCGCCAAGGGUCUGGAUCCCAACCAGCCCGGUAUCAAGGAGUACGUAGAUGUGUUCAAGAGCGUGGGUGUGCCUCCGCACGGCGGCGGCGGUAUCGGACUGGAUCGCGUGGUGGCGUGGUAUCUGAACCUACCGAGUGUGCAUCUCGUGUGUGAUUAUCCGCGGACACCAAAGAGGUUGAGUCCUUGA